UGUCCGGAGGAUCUGCGACACGUCAAGGGAAAAUGCGUAGCCGGCAGAAAGGGAAUCUCCUACCGAAGUAUCAUAGGACUCACCAAGAGACCUGCCAAGUGUCAAUGUGUAUGGGCUAGAAUCAACCUCGGCCAGGAAAUAUGUGGCUGCCCUCCGGACAAGGAGAAACAGAAGUGUAGACACGAUGGCCAAAUGAUGAUCAAGAGUACCAUCAAGUAUCACGUGUCACCUCAGCGUUGUACUGCUGUCUUUCAGAAAGCAGAGAUAUCGCCCUGCGCUGGGCAAACUCAGCUUUUCUGGGUGAAAUUCGGCAGUUGCGAUCGGCUCACUUGCCUGAAGACGCGAGUCAUCUUCAAGCGGGUUUCAGAGGCGUGUAAAUGUGUUGUCAAGAGUCUUUCUGUUACCGAGGCGAAGGGAGAUAAGCGUAGAUUGUCAUGUCAUUUUACCGGUGUCGGUACUUCUAGAAAAUUUGCCACAACGGUUGGUUUCACUCUUUCGGACGGCAUGACCCAGACAAUCGUCUUGAAGAAGAGCGUCGGGGCGAAUAUGCAGCCAUCAAAUGUGUAA